AUGAGCUACGAGAUACACAUCAAAACCAAGUCCAGCAGCAGUCAUUUGCAUGAUCAGGAUUCACUCACAGACAAAGGUGCAGCUGAGGAAGAGCAUGCGGGAAAUUGUUCUCAUAGCAGCGAUGAAAUAGUUGAAUUCGCGCCCCCUGAUGCCAAAUACGCGUGGUUCAUUGCUGCCGCUUCAUUCUGUAAUAUGGCAUCUGCCAUCGGCAUACAAAACGCCUUUGGGGUAUACCAAGAGUAUUACCUAAACGACCUGUACCGGGACGACUCUGCGGUUGCUAUCUCCUGGAUAUCAACAUUGAGCACAUUCUGCAUGUGCUUCGGGUCAAUUGUGACGGGCAAACUAACCGACAAGUUUGGGUUCCGUAUCACCUGUUUUGCAGGAGCGAUAAUGUGUGGCGUGGCAUUGAUUCUUGCGUCAUUUGCACAUACACUAUGGCAGCUGAUUCUUGCGCAGGGUAUCAUGCUUGGAUUGGGAUCAGCCCUCAUCCUCUCUCCAUCCAUGUCAAUCGUUGCUCAGUGGCAUGUCAAACAUCGGAUUCUGGCAACAGGCAUCGCUGUAUCGGGGUGUGGACUCGGAGGAAUGGUACUGACGGGGGCAGCUCAGAUUAUGAUGGGUAAUAUCGGCUACCGCUGGUCGCUGCGCGUGCUGGGGCUGCUUGUUGCUUCAGUGAGCGGAUCCAUGUCUCUCAUCUAUAAGCGUCGUGUUUCUGCAUCAAGGAACAGUAACACAAAACUUCUCUAUUCCCUAUGCAAAGAUGUGCGAUUCCUAUGUAUUAGUAGUGCCGUUACACUUGUCAACAUGGGAGGCUAUGAGCCGACUCUUUACGUGCCAACAGCUGUUGCCAUGGGGGGUGGGUCUAGGGCAACCUCGUCAGAUAUUGUUUUGAUGCUCAACGCAGGUAUAGCGGCUGGAUGCAUUUUAUCUAGCCCCCUUUCAGCUGUGCUCGGCCCUCUCACUGCCAACAUGCUAUCGAACAUUAUAUCUUUUGUUCUGAUAUUUGUAUUCCUGCAAGGGGUCAAGACAAUUGCAGGCUACUUUGUGUUUAGUGCCAUGUUUGGUGCUUUAUCAUCAAUCUAUCUGGCAAUUAACACGGAUAUUCUGGCGAAAGAAUUCGGCACACAUGUCAUUGCUACAUCAGCUGGGUUGAGCAUGGCGUGCUGUGGGAUUGGCGUGCUUAUUGGAAUUCCAGUGCAGGGCACCCUUUACGAAACCUAUGACCGCCCGCUCAAUAGGUUUACAGCUGUGACUGCAUGGGCUGGCGCAUGCUUUGCGUUAGCAUCUGUGUGCUAUACAGCAUUGCGCAUCAUAGUUGUUCGCAGGACCAAGGUCUCUUUCUUUUCCAAGGUAUGA